GUCGCUCGUUUGCGCGCUCGCGCCGCGCAGCUCCAGCUCACGCGCUUCCUAUCAGUGAUCUGCAUCCCGCACAUCCCGCGUGUUUCUGUCCUCACCAUGCACAUCUGUCGCGCUGGAUUUCCACAUAUGAACUUCGCGAGAGGCGCGUGGGACGCGGCGCGCAGACAGCGACUUUAACGCAGACGCGCGCGCCUGUCCGGACCGGAGCGGCUCCACCUGAAGUUGACAGCAUGAGAAGAAGGGUCUUCCUCCUCUGAAGCCCCCCUCCGGACAUGGACAAUGGAUACGCUGAGCCUGUCGGUGAACGCGGUGUCCUUCACCGCGGCCACGGAGCUCUCCUCCACCGAUGACCCGUUCAGCGGACCCAUCCGGAACAUCGCGCCGUGGAACUUCACCGUCCUGGCCGUCCUCAUGUUCGUGGUCACGUCGCUGUCUCUGACCGAGAACUUCCUGGUCAUGUUUGUCACUUUUAAGUUCAAGCAGCUCAGACAGCCGCUCAAUUACAUCAUAGUGAACCUGGCCAUCGCGGACUUCCUGGUGUCCCUCACGGGGGGGCUGAUCAGUUUCCUGACUAACGCCAGGGGUUACUUCUUCCUCGGAAAGUGGGCUUGCAUCUUGGAGGGGUUUGCUGUUACUUUCUUUGGGAUCGUGGCCCUCUGGUCCUUGGCUGUUCUCUCCUUUGAGCGCUUCUUUGUCAUCUGCCGCCCACUGGGGAACAUCCGGCUGCAGUCCAAGCAUGCCAUCCUGGGUCUGCUGUUCGUGUGGACGUUCUCCUUCAUCUGGACCUUCCCUCCAGUGCUGGGCUGGAACAGAUACACCGUGAGCAAGAUCGGAACCACCUGCGAGCCCGACUGGUACUCCACCAACAUGAGAGAUCACAGCUACAUCAUCACUUUCUUCGCCACCUGUUUCAUUUUGCCUCUUGGGGUGAUAUUCUACUGCUAUGGGAGGCUCCUGCGGAAACUAAGAAAGGUGUCUCAUGGUCGUCUUGCGACAGCGAGGAAGCCUGAGCGACAGGUGACCCGUAUGGUUGUGGUGAUGAUUGUGGCGUUCAUGGUAGGCUGGACACCGUACGCUGCCUUUUCCAUACUGGUCACAGCUCAUCCAACCAUCAAACUUGACCCGCGGUUGGCAUCCAUCCCCGCUUUCUUCUCUAAGACGGCCGCCGUCUACAACCCUAUCAUCUACGUCUUCAUGAACAAACAGUUCAGGAAGUGUCUGCUUCAGCAUUUCACCGGAAUGGGAACCAUCCCAGAGAGCAACUUAAACCAGACUUCAGAGCGACCUGGAAUCACGGCAGAGAGUCACACGGGGGAAAUGUCUGCCAUUGCCGCCCGCAUCCCCAUGGGCAGCACUGCGUCACCCAGAUCUGACGACUCCCAGACUGACUGUGGUUCAUUUGCACAGCUUCCUAUACCGGAGAACAAAGUGUGUCCACUGUAGCUGUAAGCCUCAGUUAAACACAGCUCCUGCACAUGACGUCACACUUAUUCUCUAGCCAAAACAGACGCCAUUAUGUCGGUUAAAUUCAGGUAACCGACACAAGAUAGCGUUGGUCAUAAGAUCCUUAAUCUGUUGGGACUGCAUCGUGAGGUUGUUGCUUGGACAACAACGUGGUUGUUGAUAGGGUUUGGAUAAUGUUGACUAAAAUACAUCUCUAGGUGUUGUUUCUCCCCAGAAGUUCACGUUUAUGUCAUCCAGUACAGCAUUGGGUGUUUAACAGCCCCGAAACACAUUUAGAAACAGAAAGAAAACUUCAUGUAAUUGUUUUUUGUUUUUAUCUUUUUCUUAUUUGUUUGAGAGGCUAGAGAGGAUCGAUUAGUGUCUGGAUUAAAAAGACCCGCUAAAGCAGGAGAGGGUUAUCUGCUGGAUGGCUUGUAAAUAUUUCCUUGCUGGAUAUUCUCUCCUGUUGUGUGAGAAUUUCUUUGAUAUUCUUCUCCCAUCAUUGAUGGCUGGGUGGUUUAUAUCUUCAUUCAACUUGACAGAGUCUGCCUUUAAAUCUCAGUAGGGGGAAAAAGAGAACAGCAAAAAAAAAAAAAAAACUGCAACCCUUUACAUCAGUUAGUUGAGGACUAGCCAGUAUUUUCAAAUACCACUAUGCAUCCAGCCUUUCAUGUCGUCCUAGCCUUCUUCUUUGAAGCCCCAUAAUGGCGCCUGCAGAGAAUGCAUUGCUUCCUAAUGCUGUUUCAGUAUUGUUUUUGGCAGCAGGUUCAUUCAUCUCUGCGCGUCAAAGGCGGUCUUUGAAUUUAGAAAUUUUCACUGUGUUGUUUCCUGCAUAGACUGGAGCGGGUCAAAGCUUUCAAGUUUUAGUCAAGUUGAUUUAGAAGCACCAUUCUCCUGCAGCCUCCAGCCCUGGAAAACAUAUUUAUGAAGUGGCAGCUGGGGAUCCUCAGAAACAAGCAGAAGGUUUUACAAGCAGCACACAUGCACACGCAUAACACAUACUUAAGGAACUCAGCCGAACACUGAUAUUACAAUAAGUCACUGUGGGGACAAAAUAACGCACCAAUAAACACCAACAGCACAAGAGUGGCCUUGUUAAUGAGCCAUGUGGAAAAGCAAUGGGUGUUUCCAUCACACGCACAAGUCACUAGCAAUAUUUAAGAUGAAUAAUGUCCCAGAUAUUAGCACUUUGGCAUAAGCUACAGUAGCAGUGAUUGUUGAAAUGUCUUUUUACUUGAAAUUGUUGUGCAUGUUUGUUCACUAUUACUGGGUAUUUAUCAGAACACUGUCA